GGAAUCAUCAUCCAGGGACGUGCCAGAAACCACAAGAAAACAUGGGGAGGGUUUUCCUCACGGGAGAAAAAGCCAAUUCCAUAUUAAAACGCUACCCAAGAGCUAAUGGGUUUUUUGAAGAAAUAAGACAGGGCAACAUUGAGCGUGAGUGCAAAGAAGAAUUCUGUACAUUUGAAGAAGCAAGAGAAGCUUUUGAAAAUAAUGAAAAAACUGGUCUUGUUCUGUUGCCAAGGCUGGAGUGCAGCUGUGAACAUGGCUCAUUGCAGCCUCAACUUCCUGUGCUCAAGUGAUCCUCCCAUCUCAGCCUCCCAAGUAGCUGGGAACCACGGGUGCAUGCCACCAUGCCUGACUAAUUAAAAAAAAAAUUUGUUUGCAGACAAGGUCCCACCAUGUUGCCUAGGCUGGUCUCAAACUCCUGGACUCAAGUGAUCCUCCUACCUUGGCCUCCCAAAGUGCUGGGAUUUAUAGAUGUAAGACACCAUGCCCGGCCAUCUAUUUUAAAAUAUUUAAACUCAAGGCAAACUCUAGACAAAACAGAACUAAAUCUGGAAGGAGCUAUAAUACCAGAAACAGAAGAGAAUGUUACCAAAAAUAUCAAAUUGAUAUUCUCAGAAUUUAAGAAAACAAUAGGUUUAUAAAAUGAGAAGAAGCUAUUACAGAGGGGACCAAUUAGGGGAUAAGAGAAAGUCCUUGGACAUUAGAAAUGUUACUGCAAAACUAAAAACUGGACACAGGUCAGACAGUGCAGAGUUCACUGGGUUGCACACGGAACAUAGUACUCAUUCUCCUCCCUGCCCACUUCCACUGAAAAGGAAUGCAUCCCUCCCCAGAUAAUGGACCCAAAUACCCACUUCCAGCCCUUUCCGCCAUUAGCCAUCCACCUUCAGCCAGCCACUACCACCACAGCUCCCGCCUGCCUGCUCACCACGCCCCAAGGUGCCUGCCAUGGCCACCACCCCAGUGUUGCAGGUGCGUCAGAAUUACCACCCCAACUGCGAGGCCGCUGUCAACAACCACGUCAACCUGGAGUUCCACGCCUCCUACGUGUACCUCUCCAUGGCCUUCUACUUCGACCGGGACAAUGCGGCCCUGGAGCCCUUUAGCCGCUACUUCCUGCGCCAGUUGCACAAGAAGAGGGAGCACGUCCAGGAGCUAAUGAGGCUGCAGAACCAGCACGGUGGCUGCAUCUGCUUUCACGACAUCAGGAAACCAGAGCAUCAAGACUGGGAGAGCAGGCUCAAGGCCAUGGAGUGCACCUUCCACCUGGAGAAGAGUGUCAACCAGAGCCUCCUGGAGCUGCACCAGCUGGCCAUGGAGAAAGGUGACCCCCAGCUAUGCGACUUCCUGGAGAGCCACUUCCUGAACCAGCAGGUCAAGGCCAUCAAAGAGCUAGGUGACUACCUGAGCAACCUGUGCAAGACGUGGGCCCCAGAAGCAGGCCUGGCAGAGUACCUGUUUGACAAGCUCACCCUGGGCAGCAGCGAGGAAGACACCUGAGCCAAGAUGGGCCCCACAGCCACGGUGUGCCUUCCCUGGGUCAGGCCACCAGGUGGGGCAUACAUGUUGCCCUUUCAGAACGUUCUCUUCAGUUUUUUUCCUUUCAGUGUUACCAUUAUUGGCAAUAAAGUUAUCUGUUCUCAAAGCAA